CACGAUUCCAGUUUUAUAGAGCUUUCCAUUUAUUUCGAUGGCUUCUAAUGUCCAGCCGAAUACCUAGGCCUCUACAAACUUUCCCCAAAAUUAAAUAAACCCUAAAGCCAAAUUACUACUGAAUUCCCCAAAAUAAGACCAUAAUCGUGAUAACCGAGUUCAAUCGAAUAUAUAAUAUUUUCGAUUUUUUUAGUUUGUUGGACAGUGGCUGCCUGAAUCUAGGUUUCGACGGCUAUGGCGAACAACGGCAACCCGACGCAGGCGUACCAGCCGUAUAGCCUGAAGAAAAUCCUCACGAACCACACACGAGCCGUCUCCUGCGUGAAGUUUUCAAAAAACGGCAAGCUUUUCGCCUCCGCGUCUCUCGACAAAACCCUCAUUGUCUGGUCCUCGGAAACCUUAACCAAAUUGUUCAGUUUAACGGGCCAUUCUGAUGGAAUCUCUGACUUGGCCUGGUCCUCUGACUCAACGUACAUCUGCUCUGCCUCAGACGAUCGUACGCUUCGAAUCUGGGACGCACGCUCCGCCGAGUGCGUCAAAACCCUCAAGGGUCACAAUGAUAUCGUCUUCUGCGUAAACUUCAAUCCCCAAUCUAAUUUGAUCGUUUCAGGGUCGUUUGAUGAUACAGUUCGGAUUUGGGAUGUGAAAACGGGUAAAUCU